AUGAGGGAGUGUCUAUCGGUCCCCACUAUCACAAUAUUGGUCAAUGCUUUGGAUCCAAAUGCAUUGUUCACAUCUCGGAGGAAAAUUCGAAAUUCGGUGCGCGUUCUCUCGUACAUGUUCCUUGUUAUUUUGAUGUUGAUCAUUUACAAUGCUUCCAGUGACCGGUUGUCUGCAUCUUCAAAUACAGAAUUCACAGAAUCAGCCGCUACACAAUCUGAAAGAAUACAAACCCAUUCCACGAGUCCGUUCACAAAACUGGUUUGGCACACCUUUUACCAGUUUGUAGAUCCACAAACUCUGGAUAUCCACCCUAAUGCGACCUGGUUCGCGCUCAGUCUGUUUGCAACUGAUCAUGAAGCGAUGGAUCCCUCAAUUCGGAACGAGCAUCUUGAAGACCAAUUGUUGGAACAGCUGAGACGUGAAAACAUUACAAUCGAUAUGGGCGGAUAUUAUAAUCCGGAUAAUGUAAUGGAUAUGAAGAACUGUAAUCAGGUCAAUAGAACACUCACAAUCGUCGUCCCCUACCGAAAGAGGGCACAAAACCUACUCUCCUUCUUGUCUUAUAUGCAUCGGUUUUUACCGUUAAAGGCGGUUCGAUAUCGACUUGUUGUAUUGGAACAAACCAGUUUGAAAGCUUUUAACCGGGCUAAACUAUUUAAUGCUGGCCUACGCGAACUUGGUUUGUUAAUAGAUGAGGGUAAACGGCCAUUCACUGAGGAUGUCACUACUCGUCUCAACUGCACAAACUAUUGUUUUGUUUUGCAUGAUGUGGACAAACUGCCAGUCAGUAUGCAAACUCCUUACGAAUGUCACUGGAAUCCGCUUCAACUUGUCCGGAUCGGCGUUGCUCGAAAUAAAUCAGCAGUUAUGCUUGGAAACAUACAAUUGGAGAAAGGCAAAUCGGAACACUGGUUUUACGAGAAUUUUUUUGGUGGUGUAACCGUUGUCAACAAACGAGUUCUUCAACGAGUGAAUGGCAUGUCCAAUGUGUUUUUCGGUUGGGGCGGAGAGGAUGACGAUUUUCGUGCCCGUAUGACCAGACGUCACAUUCCAGUCGAUUUAGCUCCGUGGAAUUUUUCGCGCUUCUAUUUUCUUGAUCAUGCCGGUGAUUCGCCCUUCAAUCGACGCGCUCGAACUCUUCUCGGUGGUAACCGGGUUUGGAUUAGAAUGAAUCGAGAUGGGAUGCGACAAACUCGGUACACCGUGCGCCAACGAAUUGUGCGGCCACUCUAUACUCUGUAUCAGAUCAGUGUUUAA